GGGUUUGGUCGGAUCUGAAUUGGAUUGGUCUGUAAAAAAAAUGGGUUGAGAAAUUAAAAGUGGUUCUUAUGUUUGUUGGUUUGGUCUAAAAAAAAGAAAAAAAGUGAUUCCCUCCCCCCGUAGCAGCUCCCUAGCAGCUCCUCUUGCAGCUCCUCCUCCACUCCUCUCUCUCAGCUUCUCGAACGCUGCCGUCUGUUGCCGUCGGGGCGGAUAAAGUUGCAGCCGGACACAAUGAGCAAUCACGUCAGAGAUAUACCUGGUAGUCCGAAAGAGAGCUACAAGAUGUUGUAUAGUUAUUUGUACAUGUUAGAGCAAGUGAAUCCGGGGACAAAAACCUGUUUGAAAUUGGAUGAUAUAAGUAAAUUUGAGUACCUUUUCAUAGCUUUGGGAGCUUGCAUUGAAGGGUUUGCAGUUAUGAGGAAGGUGAUAGCUGUGGAGGGGAUACGUCUGAAGAACGGUGGUGUUUUAGUUUUCGCGAAAGCUCAGGAUCCUGAUGGUCAGAGGUAUCCACUUGCGUUUGCAGUAGUAGAUGGUGAGAAUCUUGCUAGUUGGACUUGGUUUUUCGAGAUGCUUAAAAGUGUUAUACCAGACUCUUCUGAACUGGUUUUCAUUAGUACAAGAAAUCAGAGCUUGAUCUUCGCCAUAGGAAACGUGUUUCCACAGGCUCACCAUGGUCAUUGUUUAUGGCAUUUGAAGGAAAAGGUGAAAUUGCAUGCUUGUAACGUCAACAAGAAUAUAGUCGGGCAAAAACUUAUGGAGUUGGGCAGAUAUUACACGGUUGAUGACUUCAAUUCUGCUUACGACUCAUUUAAGAUAAGAUGUCCUGCUGCGUACAAGUAUGUGGAGGAAUGUGGUAUUGAAAAGGACAAAUGGGCAAGGGUUUUUUUCCCACGUGAUAGGUACAACUUGGAUACAAGCAACACUCUGGGAUCAAUGAAGAACGUGUUUAAAGAGGCAACGAGGUGGGCCUUAAUACCAAUGCUGGAUUGUAUCAUUAGGAAAUUCUCUGAUUGGUUCACUCAACGGAAGGAUGUUGUUUCUAGAUCAAUGAAUACAAGACUGGUGCCUCGGGUUGAGAACUACUUGCACGAUCUAUGGGCUGUUGCACAUAAGCUACCUGUGCGGGAACUUGAUAGUUACGAGCUUAAGUACGAGAUCACUGACGCUGCAGGAAAGGUGUUUUGGGCGACCUUGGUUGGAAAAACUUGUACUUGCAAGGUGUGGGACUAUGAAAAGUUCCCUUGUCUGCAUGGACUGGCAGCUUAUAUCUAUUUCGCUAGGAAUGUUGAUGGCAGGCGCCUUGAUAUCCAUGAGUUGUGCUCAAAAUACUACUGGACGGAAAUGUGGCAUUUGGCGUAUUCCAGAACACUUAAUGUUGUGCCCGACAUGGCUUCUUGGAAUGUACCAGAUCAGAUCAAGGAGGUGAAGAUCAUACCUCCAGAUCGCAUCAAGCGGCAAGGAAGGAAAAGAGUUUAAAUUUGGAUGAAUUUGGAGUAAUGCAUAUUUCGAGUAAUGCAUUUGGGUACUUGAUUUUAUGUUGUAAUCUCUGGAACUUUGUUUCAUUUCGUGUUGUGUCGUGUUGUAUGACUUGGAAAACUGCGUAAAACUUGAGUAUAGUCAAUUUAUAACAAAACUCGGUUAUCAAUUUCAGAACGUUUA